AUGGAGUCUCUCCCGGCUGAACAGAGAGAAAUUCAGAUAACGGCCGAAAGACAUCUUAAAUUCCUAGGCACCGCCAAAGUAAACCUAGAUGAGAUUAGUUUUGAUCUACAUCCACAUCGACAGCUCGACCAAAGGAAUAUCGAUCGCCUGUGUGACAUCUUUUAUAGGGAGCAAUGCCAGAACUUGACAAUAUCCCAUCGCAUACCGGCAAUCGUCUCACGAGAUCAUCUCACCGCGGCUCUUGAGAACGCACUGCCAGGUGUCACCGCACAGUCGCUGCGUACGAGCGCAGAAUCCGAAUUGCCCCACCUAAAAUUCCUCCCCGGGCAGCUACAAGGGCUGCAUGGACGGCACCGGGUUGUAGCUGGCUCGAAGGUUCUAUCGCGGGGCCAUCGUUGGUGGGCAGUUGAUUUGUACCUGGAUGGUAUCAGUCACACUCUAGUACGUGAGAAACAAACUGACAGCGACAUGAUGCAUAGAUAUUGGAGAUGA